AGAUUCGACCCUCGUGAGGGCACGGACGGCUAGAACCCGCCGGUUCCCGCGUCACUUCCUCCCCUAACCUCGCCUCUCCGCGCUCCCCCUUAUUCCAUCGCCAUAGCCGCAGAACACACAAAGGAUUCCUCCAUUUUGCCAGAUGAAUCCCGACGGGGGCGGCUCCAGUUCCUCCUCGCCACCUCCGUCCACAAGCCUAGGCGCGGACGCGGACGCGGAGGCAAAGGAGGAGGAGCGCGGCGGCAAGCAGGUGGUGGUGGUGCUGGUGGGCCCGCCGGGCAGCGGCAAGUCCACGUUCGCCGAUGCUGUCGUUGCCGGCUCCACCGCCGGCCGCCCGUGGGCUCGAGUCUGCCAGGAUACAAUCGGAAAUGGCAAAGCUGGGACGAAAAUACAGUGCUUAAAGGCUACAUCUGAUGCUUUGAAGGAGGGCAGGAGCGUUCUCAUUGAUCGCUGCAACUUGGAACGUGAGCAGCGUGCUGACUUUGUGAAGCUGGGCAGCACAUUGCAUGUGGAUGUGCAUGCUGUAGCCCUGGAUUUACCUGCUAAGGUCUGUAUCUCGCGUGCAGUGAGCCGUAAGGGCCAUGAAGGAAAUCUGCAGGGUGGAAAGGCCGCGCUUGUUGUGAACCGGAUGCUGCAGAAGAAGGAGACACCCUUGCUGACAGAAGGUUUCAGUAGGAUCAUGUCCUGUAAUGAUGAUGGUGACAUUAAAAAGGCAGUUGAUUUGUAUAAUGCUUUAGGGCCUUCAGAUAGUCUUCCAUCAGGAAUUUUUGGUCAGAAGAGCAAAGGACCCGUACAGGUUGGUAUAAUGAAGUUUCUAAAGAAGGGUGAUACUUCCAGUGUUGAGAAAUCCAGUGGACCCAAAAUUACAUUGAGUGAAAGCAAGCCAGGGCAGCAAAACCCUUUGCCAAAACAUGAAAAGGUUGAAGAUGGUAUUACCUGCCCAGUGGAAGUUGAGAAGGGGUUGAAUGACAAGAACGAAAACGAAGAGCAUGCUAAAGAAAGUGAUUCUGAUGAUGUUGGUUCCCGCACUCUGGCAUUUCCAUCUAUUUCUACUGCUGACUUCCAGUUUGAUCUUGAUAGAGCAUCUGACAUUAUAGUAGACACAGCUGCUGAUUUCUUGCAGAAAUUUGAUAAUAUCAGACUAGUUCUUGUAGACCUGAGCAAGAAAUCAAAAAUAUUGUCAUUGGUCAAAGAGAAGGCUUCUAAAAAGAGCAUUGACUGCAGCAGGUUUUUCACAUUCGUCGGAGAUAUCACUCAGUUGUACACGAAAGGAGGUCUUCAGUGCAGCGUGAUUGCUAAUGCUGCUAACUGGAGGUUAAAGCCUGGAGGUGGAGGGGUUAACGCGGCGAUAUUCAAUGCUGCUGGAGAAUCUUUACAUCAUGCAACCAAAAAAUGUGCUGAUGCACUGAGGCCAGGAACCUCUGUUGUUGUUCCACUUCCAUCAAUUUCUCCUCUGCAUCAACGAGAAGGUGUGACCCAUGUCAUACAUGUGCUUGGGCCAAAUAUGAACCCAAUGCGACCGGAUUAUCUGAAGAAUGACUAUAUUAAAGGGUCUAAGAUUCUUCGUGAAGCAUACAAUUCGCUUUUUGAGAAUUUUGCAUCCAUUGUCCAGGGCCACAUGGGAAAGCAGAACGGAAAGUCGGGGGCAGAAAUGUCAGCAUUUGGAGGGACAUCACCCAAUGACACAAAAAUGAAGCGUGAGGACAGCCAUGGAUCCGAAAGGAUGAAAAAACAUAAGAUGCUUCCACCCAUCAUGACUGCAAAGCAACAGCAUGGGUGUACAAAGGCUAACAUGCCAAAUUACCAUGAUAAGUCCAUGACUUCAUCAGCUGCUCCAAACCAAGCUAGGGAAAGAGUCAUAAAAAAGAGUGGCGUGGUCACCAAUAAGACUUGGGGAUCGUGGGCCCAGGCCCUUUAUGAACUUGCCAUGCACCCAGAGAAAUACAAGAACACAGAUUCUAUCCUGGAGACAUCUGACGAAUUGAUUGUUCUGAAAGAUCUCUAUCCAAAGGCUAAAAAGCAUGUUUUGGUGAUAUCUAGGACAGAUGGUCUUGACUCUCUAGCAGAUGUCAGAAAAGAACACUUGCCUUUGCUGAGGAGGAUGCAUUCAGCUGGGGUGAAGUGGGCACAGAAGUUCCUCGAGGAAGAUGCAUCUUUGGUAUUCAGGCUUGGAUACCACUCGGUUCCAUCUAUGCGGCAACUGCAUCUUCACAUCAUUAGUCAGGAUUUUGACUCCACGAGCUUGAAAAAUAAGAAACACUGGAACUCCUUUAGCACACCGUUUUUUCGUGAUUCUGUUGAUGUCAUCGAGGAGAUUGAGCAACAUGGAUCAGCAACCGCCAGCAGUGAUGAAAAGAUACUGGCCAUGGAACUCCGGUGCCACAGGUGCAGGAGCGCGCAUCCAAACAUCCCAAAGCUGAAAUCCCACAUUGCGAACUGUAAAUCUUCCUUCCCUUCGCAUCUUCUGCAGAAAAACAGGUUGAUAUCAUCGUCGACGAUGCAUAUGGAUUGCACUUAGAAGGUGGAAUUAGCUGUGGCUUUGCGAGCACAUUUUGUAUCUCGUGCUUGGACAAGGAUUGGGUUGAUCGACUUUUGUGUUUCUUUUUAUGCCAACUUCGCAGAAUCCUAUCUUCUCUGAACUGCGGUUUUGGAAAACUGCUACUGGUUCUAGCAAUGUCAGCCAUCUUGUUGUGACGUGAAAAUGCACUUCA